AUGGCUGCAACAUUGCCGCUUGAAACUCUUCGCCAGAUAUUCUCCUACCUCGAAGGUGGUCUCGCACCAUAUUCUUGUGUCUGCGGGCAAUGGCAACUCGCCGCUGAGCAACUCACCUUUGCCAGUCUGCAUAUCAAUUCGGUAGACCUUGAGGACUUCCGUCAGAUUGCUUUUUCCUCCCAUUCCGUCAGUCGAUGUUUCCAUUUGAGGCGUAUCGAUUUGAAGGUUGUUAUCCCAGAAUAUAGUGUCGCCGCCCGGGGCCGCUAUGAAAACCAAAAUGAUCGCGACGGCAACAGCAAGGUCUUCACACAGGCUAUAACAUCUCUCUUUGAAAUUUUGAGCUCAUGGCCUGAUGCCGAUCGCCACCAGAUCUCGCUGCAGAUUUACGCCAACUCUCCCAGUGAUUGGGAAGCGGAGACGGAUCGGACUGUACGACGUAUCCGGCUACAACGAUGCUAUGCUUUCCCAAAGGAGGAACUGCUACACCGGCGGUACGAACGUUCCUACCUGCAGCUGACGGAGGUACCUCUACCCAACGUCAAGUGUAUUACCUCAUUGAAGGUAUUGGGCUAUGGCAAAUACCGCAAUAUUUUACCAGGAUCUGUAUCUGAGAUGGUGGCUCGUCUUCCACGACUGGAUACUCUCAAUGUUGAGAUCCGCGAUAGACUGAGAAGGGGUGCUGCAGCGUCUGAUAGUCUUGAUGAUUUCCCUAGCGCUACUUGGCCUUCGUCCCUACGACAUUUACGACUAGAGUGUGAGCCAAGCCACCCCUAUGGCAUGAACUUCUCCCCGCUAGCUAAUCCAGCUCCGAAGUCUAUGUGCCUUGCUUUGCACCGAUUGAGCCAGCAGUUAAAAACUGUUGACUUGUCACAACUCAUGAUCGACCCUGAAUUCUUCUGGCCGGUCAAUGCCAACGGCACCACCCCAUCCUGGCCAAGUCUUACCAAAGUUAAUAUAAGCUGCAGGUAUGCAGGAAAUUUGCUUUACGGUCCUCUUCAAACCUUUGCGCGAGAUUCCUCUAGAGUUUCACGGCAUGGCUCUGUAGAACCACGCAAUGACCAACAACAAAUUUUGUCCGGUAGACUGCUAAGCAAACAACUGGAUGAGUUGUAUCUUGCUGCUGGACACGCUGCAAAGUACAUGCCUCGGCUAAAAUCCAUGGCUCUUGAUAUUAGCAUAUCCAACCCGUUGGAGAGUCACCAUUAUUUCGGAUACGAUGCAACUUCGGGCAAAGCAACAUGGACGAUGUCCUCAGAUUACCGCCCAUCGAAUGAAGUUCGAGAAGCAUGGGAUGUCGCGGCAAGGGCUCAUGGACAUGCUCAGAUGUCUGCCGAGUUUCAUUCUACUCAGGAUUCUGUUAGUGAGGCAACAGUGUCCAUGUGA